AUGGUGGAUGAUCCUUCAAGUCAGGCCUCGCGAGAGGAGACAUGCGGUCCCACUGAGGUGCGGGUCACACGGGCCUUUCUUGCCCUCAGUCACGCUGAACAGUUGCCCAGUAGGACUAUGAUCCUUCCAUAUGAUCUUCUAUUAGUCCCCCCUCCUAACUGUCCGUUCAACUCACCUCGACAACCUCCUUCAGCUCCUCCCACAACCCUUUUAGACACUUUCCAGGCCGCACAUCAGCCUUAUGUACAAUUCCAGAGGCUCAGGGCCUACUACAAACAAAGACAUACACAUGCACAUCUUGUAGCCAUAUCCAAGCCUCGUACAAGUCUGGCCUCUGUUACUGAGACAAUUUUUCAGGCCCUUUUAAACAUGUUGAUUCAUGAGACUAGAGUGGUUUGUUCCCUUUCAAGGAAAGAGUUUUGGCUUCUGUCUGCUUGGCCCAACAACCUUCAUUCCCGUUCGAACAUACCUCGUGUUUGA